AUGUUCGAGGAUUUUUUUUUAAAGCCGGAUGUGACAUCCUUUUGCUUAUUUUCCUUCUCGUUCUCAGUUGUGACGCACAAUGUCCGGAAGGAAGACACGGAGAGCAUUGCAAAAACGUUUGCAAAUGCCAAAACGGAGGGAAAUGCGACCCAGUCACUGGAGGCUGUGAAUGUCAGCCAGGAUGGACCGGGGAAGUUUGUGCAAAUCCGUGUCCGGAUGGGAAAUGGGGACCAUCUUGUCAGAAGAAAUGCGAGUGCCAAAAUUUUGGGCUCUGCAAUCCGAUUGAUGGAACUUGCAAAUGCAGACCCGGAUUCAGGGGUGACCAGGGGGAAGUUUGUGCAAAUCCGUGUCCGGAUGGGAAAUGGGGACCAUCUUGUCAGAAGAAAUGCGAGUGCCAAAAUUUUGGGCUCUGCAAUCCGAUUGAUGGAACUUGCAAAUGCAGACCCGGAUUCAGGGGUGACCAGUGUUCAAACGAUUGCAAAGUGCAAGGACCUGUGUCCUCUGGGCAAUUGGGGUGUGAACUGCACGGGUUCGUGUCAUUGCGUAAACGACGCCAUUUGUGACCCGGUGGAUGGCAAAUGUCAUUGCAAGGAAGGCUGGGCUGGUACUUUUUGCGACCGCAGGGCUUGCAAACCGAACAUGUAUGGUCCGGGUUGCAGUCAAAUUUGCGCCUGUGAAGAACCCAACACUGAAACGUGUCAUCCAGGAACUGGGGAUUGCAAUUGUAAAGCUGGUUGGGACGGAGACACGUGCUCCAGACCUUGUCCCACUUACUGGUAUGGCGAAAAGUGCAAAAACUUGUGCAAGUGCAAAAAUGACGCCUACUGCAAUCCCGUGAAUGGAACGUGCAUCUGUCUUCCG